GGGGGGGGCUGAGAUCUUUAUAAACAGCUAGAGGGCACAGUAAGGACCAUCAGCAGUUGGGUGACUAGAGAAAGACAGACGUCCAUCUCAAGGAUAUACAGGUAAGACUGUCUGUUGUUCUGGUUCUGUUCUUCUCGGUCUACCCCCCCUCUCUCCCUCUGAAGGAAGAGAGGAGAGAGAAAGAGCGAGAGAGAGAGGAGAGAGAGAGAGAGAGAGAGAGGGGAGAGAGAGAGAGAGAGAGAGAGAGAGAGAGAGAGAGAGAGAGAGGAUAGAGAGAGAGAGAGGAGAGAGAGAGAGAGAGAAGAGAGAGAGAGAGAUCGGAGAGGGGAAAGAGGAGAGAGGGAUCUCCUCUAGCUGGCUCUUCAUCUAUACUCUUUCUCUUUCUUUUUUCACCAGGCAUGUUCUUCUAUAGGCUUUCUCUUUUCUUUCGAUCUUCUUUCUCUUCUUCUCUCUCUCUUUCAAUGCUCUCUCUCUAUCUCUCUCUCUCACUGUCUCUCUUUCCCUCUCUCUUUCUGUCUCGCUUUCUCUCUCUGUGUCGCUGUCUGUCUCUCUCUUCCUCCACUGACUGAUCUCUUAAUAAAGAUAAUACGUCCUGAUCUUUCAAGUUUGUAGUGUUAGUUUCAAGCUCUUAUGGACACACAAUCUGACAUGGAUUUAUAUGAGCAUCCCUUACUCUCAAUCUCCUCUCCCUCUCCUCCUCUCCUCUCCUCUCCUCUCCUCCUCCCUCUCCUCUCCCCCCUUCUCUCUCCUCACUCUCAGACAGUGUACCAUGGCCUCUCUCUCUCUGUCCCUGGGUCUGCUGGUGCUAUGCAUCCUGGCUCUUGUACAAUGUGGCCCGUAUGACGACCGCGUCAGGGUGUGGGGCAUUAGUGCCACCAACCUGAAAGGAGACAUCAUCUCCCAGCCAGACCCCUACGUCAAGGUGAAUUUAUUCAUUUAUUUAACCUUUAUUUAACCAGAACAGUCAGUUAAUGAAACGUUGAUAUUUAAUAAAAAAACGUUUAAUAAUAAAAGUCUACUGACAACAUUAUCUUCCUUAGGUGUGGUGCGGCCCAGCCUUCGGUGGCAUGACCAGCGUUCUGAAGAACCAGGCCAACCCCAACUGGCCCGGCGAGUUCAACUUCCUAGACGUCAUCCACAAGUCUGUCCUGAAGCUGGAGGUGAGUUUCCCCCCUUACUAUGUAAAGUGCUUUGAGCAAUGGAAAAGCAGUUUGUAAAUCCAAUCAAUUAUGAUGAUGAUGAUGAUGAGGAAGAGGAUGAGGAAGAAAUGGAGGACAAGGAGGAUGAGGAGGAGGAGGAGAAUUAUGAGUAUUAUUUAUUAGUAUUAUUAGUAUUAUUUAUUUUGUAUUAUUUUUAUUAUUAUUGUUAUUAGUAUUGUUAUUAUUAAUAAAUUAAUAAAUAUUUAUGUUGUUUUAUUUAUUAUUGUAAUUAUUAUUAUUAGGUGUGGGAUGAUAACGUCGGACCAGAUCACCGCCUGGGAACCUGCACCACCACCAUCUACCCAGGAACACACAUCGAGACCUGCCACCUGAAGAAAGGCACCGUCUACUACACCUACACCUACCAGAAGGAACAGCAGCAACAGAAGGAUGGUUAGAUUGUAACCUAUGACCUAGUGUCUGAUUGGUUCUCUCACCAUGUCACUCAUGUAUUCACUUCCGUAUAGCAUCAAUUAAAAAAACGUGCUUUACAGCAAGA